AGAAGGAAGUAGUACCGUCUCCGUAGCUGGUUUGCUAUCUGUUAAACCUAUGGUGAAAGCAUAUUCGGUUGACCCAAAAUAACUUAUCGUCAGCUAGUCUGAAUCCUUGGAACAGCAAUGGGAAAGGGUGGUGGCACAUUUGAGAGGCUUCUUGAUAAAGCCACCAGCCAGCUGCUCUUGGAGACAGACUGGGAGUCCAUCCUACAGAUCUGUGAUCUCAUUCGUCAAGGAGACACACAGGCAAAGUAUGCUGUCGCUUCCAUAAAGAAGAAGCUGAUGGACAAGAACCCCCACGUGGCCUUGUACGCCCUUGAGGUGUUGGAGUCCGUAGUGAAGAACUGUGGACAGACGGUCCAUGAUGAGGUGGCCAGUAAGACCACCAUGGAGGAGCUGAAGGAGCUACUCAAGACGGAGCCCAAUGUGAGGAACAAGAUUCUGUACCUAAUCCAGGCCUGGGCCCAUGCCUUCCGCAACGAGCCCAAGUACAAGGUGGUCCAGGACACGUACCAGAUCAUGAAGGUGGAGGGUCACGUGUUCCCCGAGUUCAAGGAGAGUGACGCCAUGUUUGCUGCUGAGCGGGCUCCUGACUGGGUGGAUGCGGAGGAGUGCCACCGCUGCCGGGUUCAGUUUGGAGUGAUGACUAGGAAGCAUCACUGCAGAGCGUGCGGUCAGAUCUUCUGUGGGAAGUGCUCCUCCAAAUACUCCACCAUCCCGAAGUUUGGCAUCGAAAAGGAGGUGCGGGUCUGCGAGCCCUGCUUCGAGCUGCUCAACAACCACCCCUCCCUCUCUCCCCCGCCUAGGAAAGCCGAGGGGGGUAAACCGUCCGGGACGUCCGGUUCCAUGGCCCCGGGCCCCGCCGAGCUGCCGCCGGAGUACCUGACCAGCCCGCUGUCCCAGCAGUCUCAGGUAGUGGUCCAGGAAACAAUGCCCCCCAAACGAGAUGAGGCGGCCUUGCAAGAGGAGGAGGAGCUACAGUUGGCCAUCGCCCUAUCACAGAGCGAGGCUGAGGAGAAAGAGAGAAUGAGGCAGAAGAACUCGUACGGGGUUUACCCCAAAGCCGAACCCACGCCGGUCACCUCGUCCGCCCCCCCGGUCAACUCUCUCUACUCCUCACCUGUGAACUCAUCUGCUCCCUCAGCUGAAGAUGUAGACCCUGAGCUGGCUCGUUACUUGAACAGAACAUACUGGGAGAAGAAACAGGAAGAGGCGCGGAAGAGUCCCACCCCCUCUGCCCCUGCUCCAGUGCAAUUGGCUGUUGAGCCACUGCCAGUCAGCCAGCCCCAGCCUGUGGAAACCCAUGCUCCUAUCCCAGCCCAAGUGAUGGCCCCGCCUCCAGUCAACUUGGUGGAGCAGCAGUAUCAGAACGGCGAGUCUGAGGAGAACCACGAGGCAUUCCUCAAAGCCCUGCAGAAUGCCGUCACCACCUUCCUGAACCGCAUGAAGAGCAACCACAUGCGCGGGCGCAGCAUCACCAACGACAGCGCCGUGCUCUCCCUCUUCCAGUCCAUCAACAACAUGCACCCGCAGCUCCUGGACAUCCUCAACCAGCUGGACGAGAAGAGACUGUACUACGAGGGCCUGCAGGACAAGCUGGCCCAGGUGCGGGACGCCCGAGCUGCCCUCAACGCCCUGCGAGACGAGCACCGCGAGAAGCUGCGCCGCGCCGCAGAGGAGGCCGAGAGGCAGCGGCAGAUCCAGCUGGCCCAGAAGCUGGAGAUCAUGAGGCAGAAGAAACAGGAGUACCUUGAGAUGCAGCGGCAGCUGGCCAUCCAGCGCCUCCAGGAGCAGGAGAAGGAGAGGCAGAUGAGACUGGAGCAACAGAAGCACACCAUCCAGAUGAGAGCCCAGAUGCCUGCCUUCCCCAUGCCAUACGCACAGAUGCAGUCUUUGCCCCCCAACGUGGCAGGCGGGGUGGUGUACGGCCAGCCAGGGGCCCCCCCCAGUUACCCAGGAACCUUCAGUCCCUCGGCUUCGGUGGAGGGGUCGCCCAUGCACAACAUCUACAUGAACCAGCCGGGCCAGCCCGGACCGGGACAGUACCAGGCCAUGCCCCCGGGUGAGUACCAGGCCAUGCCCCCGGACCCCAACAUGUAUAUGUACCAGCCAGCUGGAACCAAUGGGCAGCAAGCUCCCCCUGGCCAGGCCCCACCCACCACCAGCCCUGCUUAUUCCAGCUACCAGCCCACAUCCUCACAGGGCUACCAGCAGAACGCCGUGUCUCAGGCCCAGUCCAUGCCGACCAUCUCCCAGCCUCCCACCACCAACGGCAUGCCCUACAUGGCCUACCCCACGCCCUACGCCAUGCAGAACAUGAUGGCAGCCCUGCCGGGACCGGACCCAAACAUGCCCUCCCAGCAGGCCUACAUUCAGGGGCCGGGACAACAGCCGAUGUACCAGCAGAUGGCUCCCCCUGGUGGGCCCCAGCAGCAGCAGCAGCAGCCUCAGCAGGUCCAUCCUGGCAGUGAGGCCCAGCUCAUCUCCUUCGACUGACCCGCCUGGCUAACUCCGCUUUUCUCCUCACCAACCUGCUCCCGCAGAGGGCAACACACUACACGCCUCCUCUGCUUUCCAGCACUCCCUCCCCCUGUCUUCCUCUCUUUACUCCCCUGUCCCCUGUCUUCCUCUCUUUACUCCCCUGUCCCCUGUCCUCCUCUCUUUACUCCCCUGUCCUCCUCUCUUUACUCCCCUGUCCUCCUCUCUUUACUCCCCUGUCUUCUUCUCUUUACUCCCCUGUCUUCUUCUCUUUACUCCCCUGUCCCCUGUCUUCUGAGGCCUGGAUUCCUUUAGCAAACACAGUUCUUCUUACCAUGUUGUUGUGAUGUUGUGGCGGUUGUUGUGAUGUUACAGACGUUAGGCCCUUGUUAGCCAUUCUGCAUCGCCCAUCUGAAACAAGAUGUUUUCUAUUGGAUGGGGGGGGCACCAAGCAUUCCCAAAGGUCGUAUUCACUAGCAAUGAAACACAAGCGAUAUGUCGUUAUGGGAAACUGCUGCUCAGACCGCAUGUCUAACAAGGCGCUCAUGGGUUCACCUUCUGCUGCCACAACGGGCACUAAUGAAUACGACCCGCAUUCUCUCAGCCCACUCAAGUUGUACGUAGUCUUUAUUUUAUUCUUUGUUUGAAACAAGUUGCUGGAGCCCACCUAGUCAGUCCUGAUGUAGAAUUGCAACAAAAAAAUACAUUAUUGUAUUGAUGAGACCUGCUGACAGUUCAUUUUUAGUGUGCCGAUGGGCCUUUUUUCUGCUGGGCUUGGUAGUGGAGAGAGGUAUGUUCUUCACCUUUUUGACUUGACAGUUGAGGACAUGGGAGGAGCCUGUACAGUACUGGGUUUCACACGGCUGAUUAGUUAUUAGGAAUCAGACUGACUGGGGAAGACUACAAUAGCACCCUUCCAGCGUUGAACUACAGCUCCUACAGAAACACAGAUCCAAAGAUGUAUUUACAUUGUCCCACAGAAGGUGUCCGGCCUGUCAGAACAGUUGACAUUAAUGGGUCUCUCACAGCAACUCCAUUAACCACAAUGCCUUGCAUUAAGCUCCAGGAGGAGCUAGUGUAAAAAUAGUGCUUAGGACAAAUACAAAUGUAGUUCCAUUGCCAAAUGUUAACAAGCAGCAAUCUAGAGAGGGAAGCCUAAAUGGCCUUGUUUACUUGUCAGAAUAAUUCAGAUUUGUUGACCAGUUAUUCGAAAGAACCAGUCAUAUAAGACAAAAUAAUUGGUAUGGCUGUGUAAACAAGGCUUGUGAGACUUGGCUGUUCUACUUUUGACCAGAAUUUCACUUGUGUUCAUUUUUGUGCUGAGUUGGAGAAUGAGUUACGUUGAUGUUAACUGACCCAAUCGUUCUCAAGCCUCCUCUCAAAGACCCCCACAGGGUUUUUUAUAAUUUGGCUGUCCGAUCUAGCUACCCUUAUUUACCUAGUCAUUUGCUUGAGGAGUUGACAGCGCGUUGUGCCAGCUCUGUAGUAGAAUAUUCAGGGUCCUUGAGGGGAGGAUUCAGAACCACAGACUGCAGAAUGGACUGUGUGGUACUCUUACUAUAUCUCCAGGUCAUGUCCAAAUCAAGGAUUUAUUUACAGCUGGGGCACCAGGUGUGUGCAAUUAAUUAUUAGAUAGAAUAGAAUGAGCUGAAAUUGGACCUGAUUAGGAUAGGAAUUGAAUAACCCUCAGUUAAAAAGGUGAGGGUCAGUUUUGUUUCGGGUCUUUUGGUUUCUGUAAUGUUGGGUUGAAUCACAGGUAUUUCCUUGAUCCAGUGUGUUCUUCUCGUUCCCUCCGAUUGGUUCCCCAGUCCCUUACAAUGUUUAGAGGCAACAGUCGCACUGAGGUAAUUGGUUGACGUUAGUUGUAAACCGCGGGCCUAUAGAGGGGAGCUGGUGGUGGUCAGUUAGUCAGGACAUGGACACGUGAUGAACACAUGACAAUGUGUUGUGCAUGAUAAACACCCCCAGGGUCGACAAGUUCUUCUGUUAUAACCCCCCCCACCACCCCCCCCAGGGUCGACAAGUUCUUCUGUAACCACGUUAAUGCCAUCUGUGUACUUCUUCUGUACUCUGUCAUUAUUGAUCUUCUGUCUGACUUCAAAGUAAUUUUAAGAUUAUAUUUAAUAAAUAUCUUGUUCUUC